CAGUCAUUGGUCCAGCAAUGGUCUGCCUUAAACAAUCUUUGCUAGUCGGCUGCAUAUUAGCUGCAGCAAACGCCGGCUGCACCGUGAAUCAACAGCCCGUGGUGGAUCUGGGCUACGAAAUUUACCAAGCGACUGGAUCCAGCAAUAGCUCCGACAGCUAUUACAGCUUCUCCAACAUCCGAUAUGCCGCUGCGCCGGUGGGCGACCUCCGGUGGAAGGCUCCCAUGCCACCCCAGACCAACCGGUCGGCCAUACAAUCCAACUCGGAGCAAAUUACUUGUGCACAGGGGGCGUCCACCUGGCAGUUGCGCACCUCGCAGUCCACCAACAACUACUUGAAGACCGGGAAUGUCCCCAAUGUCUCCUACAGCGAUAUGUCGGCGAUCUCCUCAGGUGGCGUGGAGGACUGCCUGUUCUUGGAUGUCCAAGUGCCUCGCAAAAUCUUUGACAGCCCUCGCGAAGAUGGAAAGCUGGCGCCGGUUUUGGUCUGGAUCCACGGUGGUGGAUUCACUGCCGGGUCAAAGACCUCUUUUGGAUCAUCCAAGGGCCUUAUUAACCGCAGUCAGGCCGGUGGUUCGGACGGGGUGGUCUACGUGGCUCUCAAUUAUCGACUGGGUGCGUUCGGCUUCCUCUCUGGAGAGUUGUUCCAGGCGGAAGAGGGUGUGCUCAACGCCGGACUUCAUGAUCAGCGAUUUGCCCUGCACUGGAUCCAGGAUCACAUACAUUUGUUUGGAGGAGACAAAACACGCGUCACCGUGUUUGGCGAGUCUGGAGGCGGCGGUUCCAUCAUGCACCACGUUACUGCAUACGGAGGAAAGGCACCGUCCCUCUUCAACCAGGCCGUGCCGCAGUCCCCUGGCUAUUUCCCCUAUAGGUCGCUGCAGGACCAGGAGAAGGCGUUCAGAGAAUUUCUCGACCAAUCCAACGUCACGUCGCUGGCGGAAGCCCGCAAGCUUCGCUCCGAUGUUCUUGUUCGGGCGAAUGCGGAAACAAUCGGUGUCGCUCAGCCGUACACUGCGCCCAUCUACGGUCCUACGCCAGACGGCGGUCUCGUGAAGGAGGAUCCUAAGGCGCUGCUCCGUCGCGGCGAGUUUGACCACUCCGUAAAGUUGUUGAUCUCUCACAAUUCGGACGAGGGACUGGUGUUGGUGCCAGCGGUCCAUACCGACGAGGAGUAUGAGACGUUGAUGAAACACAUCCUCACCCGUGCCAAUAGCUCUACCAUAGACUAUAUCACCAAGACUCUUUAUCCGCCCGUGUUUGAUGGGUCCAUGGGGUACACGAACAACUACCAGAGAGCGGCCCGGACGAUGGGCGAUAUCACCGUCGACUGCAACGCGGCUGCAUUGGAAUCCGCCUACAAGGAAGAUUCCCAUGCCUACUUCUUCAAUGUGUUGCCGGGGGUUCAUGCACAGGACACCGGAUAUACCUUCUACACCCCCAAUGAGAAGUCCUCAUCCUACAGUCUGGUAAACACCGGCUCCGUGAACCAGACCAUCGCAUUUGCCAUGCAGGACUACAUUCUCUCCCUUGCCAAAGAUGACAUUCUGAACAGUCCAGUCGAUGGCCUGCGGUCGAUUCCCACAUUGGGCUCCCAGGCUAAGACUGUGCGUCUGAGCAAGGACAACAUCACCAUCUCCCAUGAUCCGGCUGCCAACCGGAGAUGCCAAUGGUGGUCGCUUGAUCUGUUCGAUUAGAGAAGCAGGCACGAGCUCGGGUGAUUUGAAAUUUUUUUUCUUGACACGUUAUCUGUUGCAUUAUUAUUCAAGACAAUUGGUCUCGUGGAUGUAGGCCAGCGGACAGUUAUAUAUCUACCUGUAUCUAGAUCAAAAGUCUCUCAUCCCUUCCUUAAUAACAAAUUUAUUCCAGAUUAUAG